AUGCUAUCCGUAGCCCCGCUGGCGAGCAUGUGUGCUUGCGUCGACGUCUAUCUGACGCUCGUGCAGAGCAAGCGAGGAUGGCCGACCAGAGGCCGCAUUACCGUAGUGCUGACUCAGUUCGCUUGGCGCGUCGCUUGUGCAACAGUGACAGCAACGAUGACACGAGCUCCCAGUGGCGGUGAUGAUGCAGACACCGACGUGCGACGGAGCCAAAGUAUGUGCUACGCCUCGAGUUUUCGUCCUAAGACCGUAGCGGCCGAGACUAGCGCACCUGGACAGUCGGGUAGGAGACCGCUACCGGUGGUGAACAUUAUGUCCACGUCAAGGAGUGACAAACCGAAGCGAAGCGUCGAUCGAGUUCCCACGCGAACGUCUCUCGAUGACCGGCAACAGCGAGCUUAG